GCCAAUCACGGCUGGCUGGGUCUGCUAAGCUGGGCCUACUGUUUAGUGAUUGCUAUUUAUUUUGACUAUUAAUUUUGUUGUUUUUCUUCCGUUGAUUCACAUAAAUAUCUUUCUGGAAAUAUGGCAGAAAGAUCAUCAAAGGGGAAUUCCUCAAACCAAGGAACGAGGAGAGAGAACGUAGUCACAGAUACAUCAGGAACUGCUAGCAAAGUUGAACAUUCGGCAGUGGAAAAAAUACCCGAGUGUGCAGUGUGUCUCCAGACUUGUGUCCAUCCGGUUCAACUUCCUUGCAGUCACAUCUUCUGCUUCCUCUGCGUCAAGGGGGCUGCCAACCAGAGCAGUCGAUGUGCCCUCUGCAGGCAGGGAAUUCCUGUUGAAUUUUUCAACAACCCGACCCUCGUCGGCAAGAAAGAUGUGUCUGCCCAGGGCUUUGAGUGCGAUGCGCAGACCGAGACCUACGCGUGGUUUUACGAGGGCCGGAACGGGUGGUGGCAGUAUGAUGAGCGGACCAACGCCGAGCUGGAGGAGAGCUACAAUGCCAAGAAGCGAACGUUUGAGCUACUCAUCGCCGGGUUCAUGUAUGUCAUCGACUUGGACAACAUGGUGCAGAUGAGGAGGAAUGACCCUUCGCGUCGCCGUCGGAUCAAGAGGGACUUGGUCAGUGCCCCAAAGAAGGGAAUUGCUGGAUUGAAGAUUGCUGCUCGGCUGGAGGCCACGGCGGAGACUGUAGAGGUCCCACAGACUGCCAAGAAGGAAAAGGAUGAAACUGCCGCUGGUGAGAUGCCCUCAACAGCAAGUGGCACUUUGGUGAAAGCAGCGACUUCCAGUGGCCUGGGUCGCACCACGUCAAGGUCGGCAGGUGUGGGAAGAGACCAGGAGCAUGGGGAUCCAAGGAGUGUGCCUUCUGAUCAGUAUGACGCGGAUGAUGAUUAUGAUGGAACAGAUGACGAGGACACCAACAGUGCACAGUGGCGGUCGCAGCAAGAGCCCGCUCCGAGAUUCAGACCACAGCAGCGAGGUAGCAGACUAGCGGGCAAUGCUCGGGACCCACCGGCCGGCACAAGACAGCUGGCCACGUCGGGCGCCAGAGCCCAACCCCAGGGUCUGCCUGUCAGGCACCAGCGCGUGAGCUCGGCCCCCGAGACACGCCCAGGAAGACAUGAACGCCCCAGGCAGGCGCUGGUUGAAGGUAGCAAUCCACUGCCGCAACGUGCUGACUCCGCUCAUGUUGAAAGUGCAAUGCAAUCGCUUCAGCUAUCCACACCCAACGCUUCCGUGUAUGAGGCAGUGGAAGCCCCAUCGCAGCCGGCCCAGGGAGAGGUUCGCCAGCGUAGGCGCCGUCAAAGACAGAACGAUGAUAUAUGGUGCUGAUCAGAAAGGUACCAUUAGUCGGCUAAACCACGCGCUUUAUGUUUCCCACUUUAUUGACUUCUUGGGAAAACAAGGCGGGACAUGAUUUUACAUCAAACUUAUAAUAUCUCUUGAUUCACACAGAAAAAUAUAACGUAUUUAUUGUGGCCUCCUUGUGUAUUAUUUGUGUAUUAAACAAAUUUAUGUCUUCAUUCAAACUCUGCAGACAUUUUAUUAGUAUAAUUUAAAAUAAAACUUUAUGAUAUGCUAACUUAUACACCUGUAAUGUGCUUAGAAUUCUUUUGUUCAUUAGUGAAGUCCAUAAUACACCUGAGAAGUUAACAUUUAUAAAAAUUAUGUUUGAAGCAUUUGGUGGGCCCCAUUCGUGAGACAUUCCUACAUGUACAUGCCAUUUGAGUUGACAUUAGGGUUGUGAUGAGUACCCGACGAGUACCCAUUUUUUAAUCCAAUCUCAGCCGUGUAAAUUUAGAAUGUUUCAGAAAAUGAAAAUCUUAUUGCUUAAUUGAAAAAUGAAAUAACCUUUGUUUUCAACGUCCAGAGAAAGCCUUUGGAAUGUCAGCUCAUGGGCAAGGCAAAUUACAUCCAAAUCCAGUUUGAGUGUAUGGACGGUUAAUGGGAAUCAGUAAAAGGGGCUGCAACACUUCAAAUGUCCAUGCAACGUUGCAAACUGUGCAUAGUCAAUAGAACGAUCAUUAACCUUAACACUCCUCAGUCCUCCAACAGGUGAAGGAUUGAGGAGUUAGGGUUAAGGGCCAACCCACAGUUUUCUGACCAUUCACAGCUGUGUUUUAUAUCCGACAUGCGUGGACUAAAAUCUUGACGUGCGUGCAUGCGCAGAGGAUGCAUGCGACUGGAACCUGUAAUGUGGCAUUGGAAACGAGCACGUGCCAAGUGCCCGCAUGCGCAGUGGGCUGGGCUCACUGGAUCGGUCUACUGCUCACAGUGCUUUAAUAACCCCUGCUUAUAGUUAACAAUCUGGUUAUUGCAGUCACAACAUGGAUGGGAGUUUUCAGGCAGUAUGCACCUACACUUUUUUUUUUCUCCAAUGAGAUUUCUCAGGUCUUUGGUUCUUGACCUCUCAAAAGAGUCUGGUUUAAACUGGGGUAGAGCCAUGUUGACCAUUCGAGAGCCUCUUAAUCAGUGCCAGAACUGAAACGAUACAAGUGAUAGCCAUAUUUUCUGGGUAUUUCGUUGAAAAGCUUCCUGUAAAAUCUUUGCCAAAUAAUUCCAGUGCUGUGCGGUAAAAUCAAUGGGCAAAACAUCUUUCAGCUUUGAACUUUGGGUCUCGGAAUGUGUUUAAGAUGAAGGCAUACGUGUUCAUUAUUGGUGCAAAUGUGAACACAACUUCAUUGACACCACAUCAAAUGUUUUGUGCUGUGAAUUGGCAAACGUCAAAUGCACAUCAAGUGAAUUCUGCUUCGAAUGCUUUGUGACAUGAAACGUGAUCUCCUUCACGUUUGUGCUGAGUAGAAAUCAGGUUCAGCAAUGGCCUGAAUAUAUAAGGUCCCGAAUCUAUCGUAAUACCAAACACUGAAAUACCUGUUUAACUUUCAUUUCCCCAGGCCAAAUGCUGGACUGGGGGCAUGAACAUCCCAGUACAUAUACAUGUAAUAUGGACGCCAAUCAUAUUUCUCUACUUAAUUGAAUGCCACUCGGCCAUAACAAAUAAACCCAGCGUUUGCUUCAAAUUGUAACCGCUGCAUUGUAAACCUGUGCAUUUUGUGCUUAUUAAAUUCUCUGCAUAGAUAAAA